AUGGUGAGCACUGCUCCUCAGCCCAGACCGCCUCAUGGUGAGCGCUGCUCCUCAUCCCAGACCGCCUCAUGCCCAGACCGGCUCAUGGUGAGCUCUGCUCCUCAUCCCAGACCGCCUCAUGGUGAGCACUGCUCCUCAUCCCAGACCGCCUCAUGCCCAGACCGGCUCAUGGUGAGCUCUGCUCCUCAUCCCAGACCGCCUCAUGGUGAGCACUGCUCCUCAUCCCAGACCGCCUCAUGCCCAGACCGGCUCAUGGUGAGCGCUGCUCCUCAGCCCAGACCGGCUCAUGGUGAGCGCUGCUCCUCAGCCCAGACCGGCUCAUGCCCAGACCGCCUCAUGGUGAGCACUGCUCCUCAGCCCAGACCGCCUCAUGGUGAGCUGCUCCUCAGCCCAGACCGCCUCAUGGUGAGCACUGCUCCUCAGCCCAGACCGCCUCAUGGUGAGCACUGCUCCUCAGCCCAGACCGCCUCAUGCCCAGACCGCCUCAUGGUGAGCACUGCUCCUCAGCCCAGACCGCCUCAUGGUGAGCACUGCUCCUCAGCCCAGACCGCCUCAUGCCCAGACCGCCUCAUGGUGAGCGCUGCUCCUCAGCCCAGACCGCCUCAUGGUGAGCGUUGCUCCUCAUCCCAGACCGGCUCAUGCCCAGACCGCCUCAUGGUGAGCACUGCUCCUCAGCCCAGACCGCCUCAUGGUGAGCUCUGCUCCUCAGCCCAGACCGGCUCAUGCCCAGACCGGCUCAUGGUGAGCGCUGCUCCUCAGCCCAGACCGGCUCAUGGUGAGCGCUGCUCCUCAGCCCAGACCGGCUCAUGCCCAGACCGCCUCAUGGUGAGCGCUGCUCCUCAGCCCAGACCGCCUCAUGGUGAGCGCUGCUCCUCAGCCCAGACCGCCUCAUGCCCAGACCGGCUCAUGGUGAGCUCUGCUCCUCAGCCCAGACCGCCUCAUGGUGAGCGCUGCUCCUCAGCCCAGACCGCCUCAUGCCCAGACCGCCUCAUGGUGAGCUCUGCUCCUCAGCCCAGACCGCCUCAUGGUGAGCGCUGCUCCUCAGCCCAGACCGCCUCAUGGAAGGUGCCAGACUAG